AUGGAUAAGCUACCUUGGCGAACAUCUUCUGGAGGUAAAAAGGGACCAUUCACAGUCGACUCAGGUGGAGGUGUGCAACAUCAUGUCAAAUCCAAAAGUCAGAGACUUCCAGAUAGGCCGCCUUCCGCUUCCUCAUCACGUCACUCAAAUCCUUCUACUCCAGCAAUGUCACCCGUAGUACCCAUAAACAGAACAGGCAGUUUCGCUUAUCCAUCUCAACCGUAUCCGUCUUUCCCACAAGUGUCGACGAGUGCAGGUCAUCACAGUCGUGAAGGAUCUUUCCACUAUAACAACGGCCAAUCGUCCAUCUCUACCACACCGACUCCUCUCACCCCUAUAGACACAAUCACCGGCUUAAGUGCAAGUGCAGGCCAAGGCGCUGUAUCGUUCGGAUCUCAGCCACUUUCAUCAUCUCUUGGACCAUCUCCAGUUGGACCUUCGUCAGUCGGUCCCUCAUCUUACGGUUCUCAACAUGGACGAUCGUACUCAAAACGAACGCACCAGUCCCCGUUGUCCACUACUCCACUUGACCCCCCUCCCUCCGCUUGGACCAACCUUGCCAACAAUAACAUACCGCAAAAUCCACCUUCUUUCGAUUGGUCGAAUCUUCCCAAUCCUAGUAGUUGGCUGUCUCAAGAGAACAUCCAACCAGCUACCAUAGACGAGAACGCGGUUGAUCCCGGUAUAUUUGAUACUCUUGCGGAACUCGUUCAGCAGAGUCAAGAGAAAGCGGCAGCAGGAACAUCAUAUGAUCUAUCGGGCAGCUUCUCUUAUGGCGCAUCACCUUCAUCUUCUUUCCCCUCGAUCUCUUCUGCCCCUACUCACAACACAAGUCUGCUUAGUCGUCGUUUACAGAAUCAACAAGAUAAUAAUACAGCAAACCCGAAUGGAAACGACAUAUAUUCUUCCGUGCCACCUCCCUCUGGCUCUUAUACUGACUCUAUCUCCUCGCUUACCGGAUACGCUACUCCAGGCAGUUAUGGAAAUUUCAAUUUUUCUCAAGUAAAUCAAACACAACAACAACAGCAGCAGCAGCAGCCACAACGCCAGAAUUCUGGUACUGCCCCUUCUACCCCAUGGCCAUUGCCUGACAGGUUAGGUGGAUACAAUGAGACCCCAGUGACCACACCCGGGGGAAGUGAUUUCGGUGGUUUCAAUAGUCCUGUUGAGCCACUUGCUGGUUCCCAUCAUUCCGGCCGAUUCCCUACGAUCGCACCUCGUCGCAAGGAAGCUCCUCAAAAUCCGGGUCCUUCUUAUUCAAACAACGCAAGCAGCCUUCCUCCUUCGCAGUAUGCAUCUCGAGCGGGGUCGGAAGCGCCACAAGCAUCCAACAACAUCAGUCUCGAUACGCUUCCCCCUCUGCCAGCAGGUUUGUCGAUAGAACAUCUCGCUCAAUACGGUAGCGCCGGGCUCGAGAUGGCUAUCAGGAUGGGAAUGGGUAUAGGGAUGGGUUUAGGUACACAACCUCAACAGGAAUCAAAUGCGGGAUCGGUACCGUCUUGGCCCUCAGUUCCACCCGUAGAUGCUUCAACACCUAAUUACUUCCACAACGUCUCAUCACCUGAGACCUCGUCUUCCCAAAAAGGCAAGAACGUGAGCAUCGUAGACGAUAUCCUCAAUGAUGAUUUCCUUCACACCCGAGCUCCGACAACCCCUCUCCCUACUCCGCCGUUGAGUACAUAUGCGUCACAUCCAGUCACUCGACGUCCCUCGCAGAGUGACGUUACAUCUCCUACCUUACCAGAAGUUGGAUCUCCAGAACAAAUGGCAAAGAAGGAUCCUUUAGCGACUCAAGUGUGGAAAGCGUAUGCUCGUGCGCGAGAGGUACUACCUAAUGGCCAGAGAAUGGAAAACUUGACUUGGAGAAUGAUGCAUCUCACGUUGAAGAAAAAGGAAGAGGAAGCUGCCGCAGCUGCGGCCAAGGAGAAGCAUGACCGAGAAGAGCAAGAACGAUUGGCUCGAGAGUAUCUGGAAGCAGAGGAAUCUAGAGAUGCUCUUCCAUCAGUACCACUGGAAGCGGAGAGGGGCAGGCAGAAGGGGAAAUCAAGGAUUGUUGGGUUCGCUGGUGCUAGCGGUGACCCGUCGCCUUCCCCAGAUGGAAUGGAUAUCGACUGGCGUGCUGCAAGUCGAUCACGAUCACGUAUGGCUAUGGACAUCGACUGGCGGGCAUCUUCACGUUCGAGAUCCCGAUCCGCAAUGCCAUUCAGGCAGAAUCCGUUCAGUGAACAUCAUGCGCAUCAAUUGCUUGCUUCCGGCGGUACACCCACGGCGGAGAUGGGAUUGCAUAUGCCUGCGCAAAAUGGCAAUGAAUGGUCCGCUUCAGCGAGGAAAGCUCCUGAUUUACCUGGACCUCGAUCAGCUGGAUCAAGUUUAUCAAGAUCACAUCCCUCCAAAUCAUCACGCAUGGCAGAUCAAAUGCCUCCAGUCCAUGAAGGAAUUGUUGAUAUUCAGGACCCUUCCAAAUUUCCUCAUCCUCUCGAUAUGCUGGCCAAUUCUGCACCUCCCAACGGUGUCAUCAGUUUAGAUGAAAUUCACGCUGCUCUAGCUGCGGGUCUAAGUCCCACAAGAGACCGACAACCGAAUUUGCCCGGAAUUAACGGUCCAGGACUUUACUCUGAAACCGAAGAGAAUUUCCAUCCUCAAUAUGGGUAUCUACCCAGAAGGGUUCGAAAGACAAGUUUCGAUCAUACUGUGCAAUCUCGGGACGGAGAAGAUGAUGACGAGACUAGUACAUCUCCCACAUCGCUGAGUAAUCCUAGGAAGAGACAAGCCGAGGCGUCACCAAGAGAUGGAAAAACCGUUCCAUUACCCGAGGGAGAUACAGGGUUUCCAAGUUCAGACUUUACUUUCAGUUUCCCUCAGUCAUACGACAACUUCUUCGAUUUGGGUGCUGCCAGCUCUUCCACAUCUGUUCAAGGUGAAACCGAAAAUCCAUUACUACAAGGAAUAACGGCCGAAGAAUUGAUAGAAUGGGCUAAUAGUCAACCUCUCACAGGCGAUCAUUCAUUAUUUGGAUCCCCUUCAGCGUUUGGUCUAGAACCUGGAAUGUCACUACCUCCAAUGCCUCAACAAACCGGAGACAAUCCAUUCGAUUUCCAACAACUAAUGCAUCUUUACCUCAAUGCAAAUUCAGCCGCUUCCCCUUUCACACAUAUCAACCCUUCGCAAGUCCUUGGAGCAAUUCAAAAUCAAUUGACGAAUGAAGCUUCUCCCAAUGCUAUAUCGCCCCAGAGUGGCGCCCCAACACCUGCGAACAACGUCAUUAAACCAUUACCUAAAGCCGUUGGAGGUAAAGCUGUCCAAGAAGCAAAUCAAGAUAGAUCGAUGCCUCCCCCGCCUGCGAGAUCCAAUAGUUCACCGAAUCUGCAAACCUUACGUAUCCCUUCCCAAGGUCAAGGCGGUGGAAGUGCUAAAGGACAUGCUAAACAUUCUUCCUUGAGUGGUUCUGCCCCGACCGGUAAAACACUAAAAUCAAGUAAGAAAGGAAACAAUAGUAGUACUACUAGUCUUGCUGCCAGUCUCGAUGAUGAUGAACCUGAAAGUGGACCUGGAUCAAUCAUCAAUACGGGAGAAAAUCCGACCAUGUGUACCAAUUGUCAGACCACCAAUACACCAUUAUGGAGAAGAGAUCCUGAAGGUCAACCGUUAUGUAAUGCUUGUGGAUUGUUCUACAAACUACAUGGCGUAGUCAGACCUUUAUCAUUGAAGACUGAUGUGAUCAAGAAAAGGAACCGUGCUGGACCUGGCCCUAAAGGUGAAUCUGGAGGUUCACGUAAGAAUAGCGUAUCAGGGCCAUCUACUUCAACGAAGGCGACUGGAGGAAGUAACUCAACCAACAAGAAAUCAAACCCUAAUUCACCUUCAUCAAAUGGUACUUCAUCUGCUGCAGGAGUAGGAGGUGGUGGGAACAGUGGUGGUGGAGGCAAAAAAGCACGUCGAGCGUCAGAUGCUCCUUCAACCUCAAAUAGUCAGAGUGGCACAACCAAUGGCAACAGUAACGGCAAUGUUCUCGGAACUUCAUUAUCAAAUAAUCCAUCUCCUUUAGGUACAAGUAUGACCAGCCUAUUAAGUAUGUCCUCUACUGGAUAA